UCAUUGCCUGCAGCAGCAGCAGCAGGGGUAUGUGACGAGCAGGCCGAGGGUGACAGGGGUGACGACGACGACGAGGAGGAGGAGGAGGUUGUACAAGGAGAAGGACGAGAGAAGGAGGAAUGCGCUCCAACCCGUCGCCGUCUCUCCCCACGGCCCCGGCUCGAGUUGGCCGCCCCGGGCCCCGGAGUGACUCUGCGUGGGGCGUCCCCCGCCAUGCGACCCCGCGCGCAGGAGCGAGGGGCACUGCGCCCCGCGCCUAGAGCCGUGCCCUCUGCGCCUCUUCCCGGGCCACGGGGCCGCCCCUAGGCGCCGCGCUCCGCGUCCCCACAUCCCCCCCGAGCACCAAGCGAGCGUCUCCUACCUCCCCCACCACCACCGCCACCCCCGCCAGCCCCGCCAGCCGGGGCCAUGCGGGUUCGCGUCCUGGCCGUGAUGGUGGUGGCGCUGGGCUGCGCCCUGCAGGGGCUGUGCGCCUCCUCCUCCACGUGCGCCUCCAUGGACAUGGACGUGCUGAAGCGGAGACGCAUCGAGGCGGUGCGCGGGCAGAUCCUGAGCAAGCUGAAGCUCACCAGUCCGCCCGAGCAGCAGCUCGGUCCGGGCGAGGUGCCCCAGCAGGUGCUGGCGCUCUUCAACAGCACUCGGGACCUGCUGCUCCAGCAGCUGCAGCAGCAGCAGGAGGCGGCGUGCGAGCGCGAGUCGCAAGAGGAGGGCUACUACGGCAAGGAGGUGCACAAGCUCGACAUGAUGCCCCUGUACGCGCCCGCCGACAGUUGUAAAUGCGGAGGUGGUGGAUUCCACGGUGAGGUGGGCCACUGCUCUCAAGCCACGUUCAGCAAAGGCAUCCCCAGAGGGAAAGAUAAAGCGCCACAAAUUAGCCACAACAACUACUUCAGAAUUUUCAAAUUCAACCUCUCUCUGUUCAACAAGAACGCGAGCAACCUGGUGAAGGCGGAGCUGCGCGUGCAACGCCUCCCAAACCCCGCCGCCAAGCUCAUCGAGCAGCGGAUAGAGCUCUACCAGAUCUUGAAGUCCAAAGACCCAUGGGCGCCGUCGCAGCGCUACAUCACGAGCCGCGUGGUGCGGCCCCGCGCCGAGGCCGAGUGGCUCUCCUUCGACGUCACGGGCACCGUCGGGGAGUGGCUGCGUCGCCGCGACAACAACUUCGGGUUUAAAAUCAGCGUCCACUGCCCAUGCUGCACCUUUGUGACGUCAAACAACAACAUCAUCCCAAACCGGAGCGAGGAGCUGGCAGCGAGGUUUGCAGGAGUGGACACCGACGUGCACAAGCGCGACAAGGCCAGGAAGUCGGCACAGGGACAGAGUCCCCACCUGCUGCUCAUGCUGCUGCCCAGCAACCGCCUGGACGACACGCAGUCGUCGUCCGGGCAUGGCACGCGGCGAAAGCGAGACCUCGACGCCGCCUACUGCUUCAGGAACGUGGAGGACAACUGCUGCCUGCGCCACCUCUACAUCAACUUCCGUAAGGACCUGGGAUGGAACUGGAUCCACGAGCCCCAGGGUUACCACGCCAACUUCUGUGCGGGACCCUGCCCGUACAUGUGGAGCAUGAACACGCAGCACAGCACUGUGCUGAGUCUGUACAACACAAUCAACCCGGUGGCAUCGGUGUCCCCGUGCUGCGUGCCCCAGGAGCUGGAGCCGCUCACCAUCCUCUACUACGUGGGCAAAACGCCCAAAGUGGAGCAGCUGUCCAACAUGGUUGUGAAGUCCUGCAAGUGCAGCUGAGAGGUGCCCCUGGACACAGCCGCGCGGGCACGUACGCCGCCGUCGCCCACAAACUCAACGCCUAAAGAGCGGGCGACACGUGGAGUUCGGCGCAAACCUGGAAUAUUUAUGAAGCGCAGAAUUCACGAGGAACACUUUGCGUGAAGUGAGACAUUCGAAGGAAGAAUGGUUUUGAGAAUCGAGGCUUUCUGGACUCGCUCUUCACUUGUCAUUUAAGGACCCCGUUGGUUAAAAUCAACGCCUUGUUUAUUUAUUGCUCAAACUUGACAAUUUUUUCAAACACAUAGAAGGCACCCAACCGUAUACUGUUGCGUUACUGUUUUGCUCUCGAACGCCUGGGUCUUUUUGGGAUGGUGCGUUUGACUUUGAUGCUUCAGGAUGGUGCGAAUCCUCUCGGAGGGAAAACUUACAGCGGCGAUUCGGCAGCCGAGCGGCGUGAAGGGCGGUUGUCGACAUGAGCGCGCCACGCCAAUGGCACGAGCCGGAAUGGACACGGUUGAGUCGUUUGUUUUAUUGUGUUCAGUUUUGCACUGAAGUCGUACCUCUUCACGAGAGGUCAAUUUAGGUGAUAUACCUUGCCGAUCCAAACAACGAUAUACAUCUGUACAAAUGCAUCGCGGAGUGUAAUCAAAUUCUUAACCUCGAAAAUUUGACUCAAAAGAGUCAUGAAGUUCUUGCGAAUACAGGCAUUUUCUACGAUACAGGUUCAAAGUUUGACAUCACUGUAAAUGAAAAGGUUCCUCUAAGAAUGCGCUACUCUGUCGGACCGAGCGGAGGGCCGUUCCUACAGUGCCACUUUGGCUUCUGCCUGCUUGUCCGCACGUCAACACCGCAUCAUUCAUUGCCUGCAAGUGCACUUGCUGUGCCGUCAGCAUGGGGUGGGUUUUCUCAAUGGACCAUUGCCAGUCUUCAACUCUGUCACCAGUCCGUUGAAGUGAGCACAUGGGGGAGGGUAGCUGGUGUUAACGUGACCAAUCGGUCCACUGCAGGCUCCUCGGCUGGCAUGCCUGCCAACUUCUGCGCAGCUCACGGAUCCUCCCCGAAGAUAGUAUUUCUCGCAACACGUCGCAAAUCUGCCUAGAUUUUUUGAAGUCUGAAGCCGUAGUCGUUGCGUAGCUUUUGUUCAUCUUCAGGUCUGAACGGCUUCUGAUCUCAUUCUGCUGCCCUCCAAAAGCUUUAUUCUGCUUUAGUUUGCAAAUGGGAUGUGAUUUUAAAUUGGAACUCUGAUUUAAUUUAAGUAUUUUUUUGUAUUGAAAUUGCAAAAAUUUCAGCGUUGCUUUUAUAAAUGUCGUAAGAGUCGUGGUGUGGGAAGGAAGUACGGAAGGAGGAGGGGGGGGUGCCAU